CCCCUCAAGAUGAAUUCGCGGUUGCGGCACUGGAGAGAAGCGGCUACGCUGCUACUUGCAGCGGGCACGCCGGCGCGGCUGCCGCGCUCCCCGCCAGGCCCCUUUGACUACGAGCUGCUGCUGCUGCAGCGGAGCUCCCGCAGUGGCUUCAUGCCCAGCGCCCACGUCUUCCCGGGGGGUCUGGUAGAAGCGGCGGAUUUCUCCGCGGAGUGGCUGGGGCUGCUGCCCGCCUCGCCUUACUGCGGGCUGGGCCUCGUAAGGCCACCGCCUCUCGGCUGUAGCCGGGCCCCGCUCUUCGCCACUGACCGGGAGCGGCUGGGCUCGCCGGUGCCGGGGGAAGUCGCCUUCCGCAUCUGCGCUAUCAGGGAAACCUUCGAGGAGGCGGGAAUCCUGCUGCUGGCGCCGGGGCGCGGACCAGCAGCGGGCAGCGGACCGGCCCCGCCGCUGCCAGCGGAGCGCCUGCCCCCCGCUGCGGAGCUGAGCGAGUGGCGGAGGCGGGUGCAAGAGGACCCGGCCUGCUUCUUGCAGCUGUGCCGUCACCUGGGUUGCGUCCCCAAUAUAUGGGCGCUGCAGGAGUGGAGCAACUGGCUGACCCCCGUGGGCAGGGCUGGCCGCGGCGGCCGGCGCUAUGACACAGCUUUCUUCCUGUGCUGCAUGGAGGAGCGGCCACCCCACACCUCGCAGGACAACCAAGAGGUGACAGCCUUCCUGUGGUCAUCACCUUCAGAAGCCAUUGAACGCUUUAAAUCUCAAGAAAUAUGGAUCGCUCCACCUCAGUUCUAUGAAUUGUGCAGGCUGUGCAACUUCCCUUCACUCUUUGAGUUACAUAAGUUCAGCUCUGAUCGAGCUCUGGAGGGGUGUGAAUGUUGGCUGCCUGUGAUGUUAACUGCUUCAGAUGGCUACAUUCAGCUAUUGCCAGGAGAUGAGUUAUAUCCAGAAGAUCCAGAUUACACAGGAGAAAAGAAAAUAAUCAUGUCAACAGAUAAGAAGGUUGAAGAACUUAUGAAAGAGGGUAGCGUGUUUCACAGAAUAGUAAUAAAAAAUGUCAACAAUCUUGCUGUCUAUGUUAAUAUUCAAGCAAAAUAUAAACAUGUGAAUCCAUUAAUGAUAAACUCUGAUUGUUCAAAUUACAAUAGCAAGUUAUAAUAUGUUUGAUUUAAACUAGAAUAUUUCAAAUUAAGUACAUAUUCACUGUGGUUCUGAUCCUUUCUAGCCAUUGCCAAACAGGAAAAUAUUCCUUUGUCCCUCCAAAGUAUUUUGUGUAUGUGUGCUUUUAUCCUUUUAGUCUUUGAAGCAGCACAGUUGUGCUAGUUACAAUGCUUAGAGGCUACUGAAAAAAAUCAACGUAACCAUCAACUUAAUUGUUGAUCAACUUGAACAUGGUUUGAUGGUAAUUAUACUGAGCCAUUACCAACUUAUUCUACUUACAUACUAAUAGCAGAAUAUGCUGCAACACCAGUCCACUCGGUCACACAGGUCCUUUUCUCACUGAAAAGUUAAGGAAAUAUUAUGUUCAGAAAAAGUAGGCUUUCUGUGAUUCUUUUGAAUUCUUUUUAUCUUUGCCAUAGAAAACUGCAGUGUGUGCCUAAGAAUGAAUUAAAUCUCCCUUUCCGUAUCUGUUGCCAUCCCCCAGUCUAUUUUCUUUCAUUUUGGGUAAAAUUGGUGUAUAUAUGUAUGUAGACAUUUAAGAGAUAAAAUGCCUUUUUUAGAAAUUAUAAAGUUAAUGUUUAUAUUUG